UCAAAGCGCCGGGGCGCACACACACGCAUCCGUUGAUUGUGCGACGACACCACCAUUUUAGAGGAAGAAUGGAAAACACGGACAGUUAUUGACCAUCAUUAAUACGUCGAAACUAUAAUUAAUAAGAGCCCAUGUUAAAGACUCGGACAUAUUGAAGAUUUCCGCGGGAUAACAGAAGAUCCGGGUUUUGAUACUGCAGUACCGGCGCGGAUCUGACAUCACUCCAGACUCUGUUCUGGGUGUAUUGUUGUUAUUCGUCUGUCUGUGUGUGUGUGUGUGAGAGAGAGUGUGUGUUCAAGUGAAAUUGAAGAAACGCGGUUCCGUCCAGAUGGAUGGAGACGAGGAGAUCCGCUCAGAUGACGGCAGCGCUACUCCCGUUCAGGACGAGCAGGAAGACGCGAGACCCGGAUCACGGCAGUCUGACGAGGACGUCAGUGAUAACGAGGACGCCGCACACGAUAGGAAGUCUGAGAACGCAGACAGCAGUUCGGAUCACGAGGCCCGUGGAAGAGGAGCCGGAGACGGGAGCGAUUCAGAGCCCGAGCCGCCCCGUCCUGCAGACAGUGAUGAGGAAGAGGAGGGCAGAUCCCCUGUGAAGCGAAGAGCGAGCACCUCUGAGAACGAAGAGGAAGAGGAGGGCAGAUCCCCUGUGAAGCGAAGAGCGAGCACCUCUGAGAACGAUGAGGAAGAGGAGGGCAGAUCCCCUGUGAAGCGAAGAGCGAGCACCUCUGAGAACGACGAGGAAGAGGAGGGCAGAUCCCCUGUGAAGCGAAGAGCGAGCACCUCUGAGAACGAUGAGGAAGAGGAGGAGAAAACGCACUCCGACCGGGAGGAACCCGAGAAGAGAAACAGCCCGAAAUCAGAGGCGGGCAGCGAUUCAGACGAGGACAAACCCAAACAGAAAACUCAGAGAGACUCUGAUGCUGAGGAAGAGGAGGAGGGAGGGAGGAAGGAGACGGGCAAGUGGAAAGCUGUGAUGAACUCGGACAGUGAGGAAGAGGAGGAGAGGCCGAAGGAGGAGGCGGGAAGUGAUGAAGAUGAAGGGCCUAAACGACGAGCUCUGGCUAGUGAUGAUGAUGAUAAUGAAGAGGAGGAGAAGCCCGUGAAGAGGAAGAAGGCCGUUCUGUCAGACAGUGAGGAAGAUGAAGAGAAAGAGGUGAAGAAGAGCAGGCUGGUGUCUGAUGAUGAAGACUCUGGCAGUGAUGAAGGCUUUGGGGGUCCUGAUAAGAGUUUAGCAGCUAAACUGAAGGAGCUGGGCUCGGACAGUGAGGAUGAGGAGGAUGCGAUGAAGGCGGAUGCAGGGAAGAAGGACGAGAAGGCUUUGUUCGGCAGCGACAGCGAAUCCGGCGAAGACCAGGAAGAGAAAAUGAUCGCAGAUAUCUUCGGAGAGUCCGGCGAUGAGGAAGAGGAGGAGUUUACCGGCUUUAAUCAGGAUGAGCUGGAGGGCGAGCGGGCGCAGGCUCAGGUCUCGGGACAGAAGGAAAUGGACAACGAGUCGGAUUCAGAUGAUGAUGAUGUGGACCGAAGCGGGAAAGACAUGUCUCACAUGUCAGACUUUGACAUCAUGUUGGCCCGUAAGAAAGCUCAGAGCGGCAAACGCAGGCGGAAUCGAGACGGAGGAACGUUCAUCAGUGAUGCAGACGAUGUCGUGAGCGCCAUGAUCACCAAAAUGACAGAGGCUGCAGAGGAGGACCGGACUCUAAACAGUUCAAAGAAACCCGCUCUGAAGAAGCUCAUGCUGCUCCCCACAGUGGUGAUGCAUUUAAAGAAGCAGGACCUGAAGGAGACGUUUAUAGACAGCGGUGUGAUGGCUGCCAUAAAGGAGUGGAUCAGUCCUCUCCCGGAUCGGAGUCUCCCAGCGCUGAAGAUCCGAGAGGAACUCCUCAAGAUCCUGCAGGAAUUGCCCAGCGUGAGUCAGGAAACACUGAAGCUCAGCGGGAUCGGGCGAGCCGUCAUGUACCUCUACAAACACCCCAAAGAGUCCCGGCCCAACAAAGACCUCGCGCUCAAACUCAUCAAUGAGUGGUCGCGGCCCAUCUUCGGCUUAACGUCGAACUAUAAGGGAAUGACGAGAGAAGAGCGCCAGCAGAGAGACCUGGACCAGCAGAUCGCCCCGCGCCGGAGACUCAGUUCUGGUGGACAGACUCCUCGCAGAGAUCUGGAGAAGGUGCUGACGGGAGAGGAGAAGGCGUUAAGGCCGGGCGACCCAGGGUUUUGUGCGAGGGCUCGUGUGCCGAUGCCGUCCAAUAAGGACUACGUGGUUCGACCCAAAUGGAACGUGGAUGGGGACUCAAACCGAAGUGGUCCGAUGAAGAAGGGCAUGACACGAGUAGAUAAACAGCUGCGCCGCUUCGCUGACAUCAAGCGCCUGACGAAGCCUGGGCACGCGGUGAAGAUCAGCGUAGAGGGAAACCGCAUGCCUCUCUGACCCCCCACACGCUCCGCAUCUUUUCUCUUUCUGUUGAGUUUUCUGUCAAAUGUUGCCGGCUCUGAGCGUCAGAUCUCGUGAAGCCGCGUGUCUGUACUGUAGCUAUGCCUGAGUUUGCGUAGCUGCACCUUUAAAAUGUAUUCAGAGCCCAGAGAGAUGAACUGGGAACAUUAUGUGUUUGGUUCUGAUGUAUCUUUCAUAAUAAAGAGUUUCCAUGUUCUACAUUUUA